AUUCGGCUAGCAAUUGCUGCUAGUCCGCCCGCUGAAGUGGUAUAAAUAAAGACAAACAUUUCGAUUAGACUUAAUUGUAUCUAGAAAGUGCUGCGAACCAACUUCAAAGCAAAGCAAAUCAAAACAAAGUGCGCGAUGUCCAAACCAAAAUUGUAUUAUUCACUAUUCAGCCCACCGGCGCGAGCUUGUAUGCUAACAGCCGAAUUACUUGGGCUCGAUUUGGAUUUAAAGUUAGUGGAUUUUGCGGCGAAACAGCAUCUCACGCCGGAGUUUCUGGCGCUAAAUCCGCAGCAUCAAAUACCGGUGUUUGUGGAGGAGGACAAUGAGGCCUUUAUUGACAGCCAUGCGAUUAUGGCCUACAUGGUAUCUAAAUAUGGCAAGAACGAUGAUAUGUACCCCAAAGAUUUAAAGAAAAGAGCACGCGUCGAUCACAUACUUCAUUUCGAAAAUGGCGUACUUUUUCAAGUAAUCAAGGAUAUGGUGCGACGCAAUAUAUACGGAGGCGAAGGUGAUUUCAACAAGAUAACUCUAGAUCUCUGCGACAAUGCAUAUACCUUUCUGGAGGCCUUCCUUGGUCAGAGUAACUUCUUUGGAAACAGCGCAACACUCACCAUUGCCGAUGUCUCCAUCAACACGACGCUAGUUACGCUCGACAUGCUCAUACCAGUGGAUAAGAAUCGCUUCCCGAAACUUCAAGCUUGGAUGGUGCGUAUGAAAGCUUUGUUACCCUCAUAUGAAGAUGUGAAUAUAAAAGGUGCGAAGGUGUUGCGGGAUCGCAUAAAGAAUUGCAUGCGCGAGAACAAAGUCAAAGCCGAGAGCAAUAUUGAAUAUGACUAAACAUAUUUACAUAUUUUAUUUAUAUACAUACGUAUGUAUUGGUACUUAAUUAUAAAUUACUUUUAUACCCUACCUUAAUUUACUGUUGAACUCAUACUACUAAGUUUUUGUAGAAACUUUUGUUAAAUUUUAUUAAUAAAUAUUUCAUUUUAUAGUUAAA